AUGUCGAACAAGGAAACGACGAAGGAAGCAACGAAAGGUUUUGCGAAGUUGGACAAGUUUGCUGGCCAGGAUUUCAGACGCUGGCAGAAGAAGAUGCAUUUCAUGUUAACAGUUCUGAAGGUCGUGUACGUUAUGAGUACUCUCAUGUCCGAGGCUGUUGAUAAUGAAACUCUGGAACAGACGAGAAGGAGGAUGAAAUGGGAGAACGAUGACUACAUAUGUCAUGGUCACAUUUUAAAAUGUAUGUCUGAUUCCCUUUUUGAUGUGUAUCAAAACAUAGAGUCUGCUAAAGAGUUGUGGGAUUCCCUCGAAGCCAAAUAUAUGGCAGAAGAUGCCUCUAGCAAGAAAUUUCUUGUUGGGAAUUUUAUUAACUAUAAAAUGGUGGAUUCGAGGCCUGUCAUGGAACAAUACAAUGAAUUGUUGAGGAUAUUGGGACAGUUUUCCCAAUAUGAUAUGAAAAUGGAUGAAUCGAUUUCUGUUUCUAGCAUUAUCGAUAAACUGCCACCCUUCUGGAAGGAUUUUAAAAAUAAUUUGAAACAUAAGAAGGAGGAGUUGAAUUUGGUCAAACUUGGAAGUGACUUCCAAAUCGAACAGUCCAAACGUGAUAUGGAAAAGAGCUCUGUCGGUAGUGGGAAAACAAUGGUUGGUUCUUCUGUGAACAUGGUGGAAGAGGGUGAAUUUUCCAAGGCUGGAAAAGAGAAACGAUUAUUUAAAGGGAAACGAAAGUUUCAAGGAUACAACAGUAAAGCUGGGAUAAGAAGCCUAAACUGA